AUGGUGUGGGCCUGCCUCCAGGGAAGAUCAGGGCGAUCUGGAAUUCAUCGGCUUUCUGAGAGAACGAGAAAUGCAUAUGUGCUGCUUUCCUCUGACAGGAGCUCUGUGCAUAGCAUUGGGCCUGAAGUGGAGGAAGUCACCAUUUUUCCUAGUGACAUUCAUCACAAACCAGUGGAGCAUGAAGCAGAAGAGCAGCCCAGGGACAACUGCACUCACUCUAUUGCCAGAGAUUUUGGGCCCAGGUCGGUAUCAGUCAUCUAUGUUUUAAUACAUACCCCAGGUGAUCCUAAAAGCACGCUGGACAGAGGCCUUCUGGCUCCGGGGGCCAAGCUCAUGCCAAGAGUUUCUCACUCCUGCCAUUUAGAAACAAACAACCCAGUGAUUGGACAGGAGCAUCUGACAGGGUCCUACAUUUUCAGUGUCAGCAGCAAGACCAGCUCCAGUGGAAAAGCUGUUUUCCUGGUUCUUGUUGCAGUGCCUCUCCUUGGGAAGAGCCCUGCAGGUGAGCCUGCAGGAGCUGCUGAGCAGGACCUUCCACGUCUCCCCAGUGGGACCGAGGCAUCCCUUCCGUCCACACCUUUGGCGGUGCUUGCUAGCACUUGUCUUGUUAUCACAGCGGAACUAACAGAACAGAGGCACCAUUUCCCUGUGCAUCUGAUGUGCAUUUUCCUGGAGAUUUUCUCUGGAAAAGAUACCAAGCACUGGAUUCGUCCAUCCCUGUUGCUCAAACUCUUAUGGAUUCAUUUCUCUUCACUUGAAAAGUUUCUUUCCCAGAUUUUCCCAAAUGCAUCAGCUGUGGGAAAGUUCUAGAGUGGUUUUUAAUUAAUGGUUUCCAUGAUUCACAUAAAUAGAGAUUAUUCACAAGCCUUGAUAUCAGCAGAGACACUGUAGCACUCAGACUUUGGAACACAUCUGGUUGGGAUCUGGUAAAUACUGCAGCAAGUGACACUUGAGUGUCCUUAAUCUGAGAAUCUUCCAAAACAACAGUUUGCUAAUGACUAUCCCUGAGAUAAAUGCAGUGUCCUCUCUGCUUUGGUAAGUAGAGUUCUAUCUGGCAUGCCCUUCUUUGGGGAUAGAGUACUUUCCACAGUAAGGAUAGAGUCAGAUAACUAGAACAGAGAAUACUUUUCCAGCACACCUUGGAAUUCUUGAGUAUAUUAGGGUAUAAUAGAGCUUGUCAACUCUUGCUGAAGAAACUAUGAACAUUGCCUCUUAUUUCCAAGAUUCUGUAGGAUAGAUUAUUUCUUUUUCAGUGUUCUGUAAGAGCAGUGUUAGGUAAUAUUAGAUUCAUAGUAGGGUUUGUAAAUAACAACUUAUUCAAUACAUUCUAGAACAAUCAAUGAUGUUUUUGUUUUUGUUGUAUGGAUGAUUCUUCCUAUGUCUUUGAAUAUUCAUUUUUCUGAAAGCUGACAGGUAAUUAUGGAUUGAAAUGGCAUAUCCUCCAUAAACAUGGAUGCAUUUCUCCUUUUAAAUUUGAGAACCUGAAGAUACAAGCAUGCCUUUGAUUUGCAAAUUGACAUCUGCAAGCCUUUAAUGAAUUAUCUAUGAGAAGAAUAUGGGAGAAAGCAACGUCUGCUUUGAAAUUACUCUUGAGUUUUUCAGCCUAUUCUUGUUCUGAUGAGAUACAGGAGCAACAAAUUUGUGUUUUGUGGAUAUGCUCACAGAAUAAGCCUUGUGGUAAAUUGCCAAAAUCUUAGAUUAUUUUUUCAGAAAUUUCCAAGUAAAUCCAAUAAACAUCCUGUCUCCCUUUAUAAAAGUGGCUUAAUUUUGUUAGAUGUAUUUUACCAUUUGAACUGAUUGUUUUAUAAACAAAUCAUAAAUAUAUGCAAAUUGUACUCUUAGUCCUUUCCUUCCAGUUUUCUCCAAGAACAUAGAUCGGUAUUUCAUUGACUUUUGUUUAUGUUGUUCUAUUAGACAGCAGCCGUCUUGUCAGUAAUUUCUGGAAUUAUUAAUCACCUUCCACUAUGAAAUAAUCCUUCCUUUAUUACACUUUCGACU